CUUUCUGAAUCUUCCUCCUGACCGGCGGCUAUGGAGGAUCUUGCUCUCGUGUCGACACUUUCCUUUCCUCCGUCGUCUUGCUUUGUCGCUGCUUUAUUCCUUGAUUGGCUCGCACUCCUAUGAUGCUUUUCCUCGCGCUGCGUUCGUUCAUUGACCGUCCGUCGGUAUGUUCGGGGCCCCUUCUUUCCCUCCCUCCCUCCCCCUCCGUCGCUGAAUUGACGCCGGAAUUCGUCCGCCGCGACCGGCAUUCCUCCGUUCCUCCGACGAGCUUUUCCAUUGCCGGAGAUCGCAUCUUCAGCUCGCUUCUUCUGGGAAAUCGAAAUCGAAUUCGAGGAAGGCGUUCAUCAUGAAUUCACCUGGGAAAGUCGGAGAAAUUCACUAGGAGUAUUGAGAAGCUUGUUAAUCCACUUCAAAUAGGAAGGCACUCCAGACAUUGAUAUCCGCGAGUUCGACCUCUGUUUUGUCAUCUGGAGUUAUGUGCGGAAGGAAAGCCAUGGGAAGGGCAUCCCCAGUCUUACUCUUUCUUUUGGCUCUACUGUUUUGCUUUGCUACAUACAAUGUCCUAACCAUGAUACGGCACAACGGAAUAAUUAAAAAUUUGGUGGGUGCUAAUACAAAUGGUGUGCUAGUACCAGAUCCAAUCAUCGAGAUGCCCGAGAAUGUGAAAAAACCAAAACAUGUAAGGUCGCCCUUCCAUGUCGCCCUUACAGCAACAGACGCUCCUUACAGCAAAUGGCAGUGUCGCAUUAUGUAUUACUGGUAUAAGCAGAAAAAGGACUCGCCAGAUUCAGAGAUGGGAGGAUUUACUCGGAUUUUGCAUUCUGGAAGUCCCGAUAACUUGAUGGACGAGAUUCCUACGAUGGUGGUGGAUCCUCUUCCAGAAGGCCUGGAUAGGGGAUACGUUGUCCUAAAUAGACCAUGGGCCUUUGUGCAAUGGCUGGAGAAGGCAACAAUUGAGGAAGAAUAUAUACUUAUGGCAGAACCUGACCAUAUAUUUAUUAGACCCUUACCAAAUCUGGCUCAUGAAAGAUAUCCUGCUGCCUUCCCCUUUUUCUACAUCAAGCCGGAGCAAAAUGAGAAAAUUGUGAGGAAGUUUUAUCCUGAGGAGCAUGGACCCGUGACAAAUGUUGAUCCAAUUGGAAAUUCACCUGUUAUCAUUAGGAAAGAUUUACUGGAGAAGAUUGCUCCUACAUGGAUGAAUGUCUCUCUAAAAAUGAAGCAGGAUCCAGAAACUGAUAAAGUAUUUGGAUGGGUGCUAGAAAUGUAUGCUUACGCGGUGGCAUCUGCUUUGCAUGGCGUGCAGCACAUUCUACGUAAAGACUUUAUGUUGCAGCCUCCAUGGGAUCUGGAAACUGGAAAGAAGUUCAUCAUCCAUUACACUUAUGGAUGCGACUACAACUUAAAGGGUGAGCUAACGUAUGGGAAGAUAGGCGAAUGGCGAUUUGAUAAGAGAUCACAUCUUCGAGGACCUCCACCAAGAAACCUCUCCCUGCCUCCACCUGGAGUUCCUGAAAGUGUGGUCACUCUUGUCAAGAUGGUGAACGAAGCUACAGCUAAUAUUCCAAAUUGGGAUACAUCUUAAGGACUAAGUAAGGUUCCGAUUCGAGCGUAAGUCCUCGAGACUCCUUUGGGAAACACUUUGAAAUUUUGAUCUAAAUUGAAGCGUCUGGAAAGGAUUCUACGCAAAGUGAGGGUCGACUAACCCCACCUCCCCCAAAAGAAUUGCAGAGUCCAGAGCAGAGCUUGUCCAUUCUGUAUGGACUUGUUUAAAUACUCCAUACAAGCCGAUCACACCAUUUAGUUAACCAAAUUUUGUAAAUCUUCUUAGUAUACACGACAUUUGCUUUUUGAAAACAGCCGACUCCUUGAGGCUACCUUUGUUUCA